ACGGUAACCCAGUGAGGACGCCUACACUGUAAAAGACUUCUCCUUCCCGGUGUUACGAGACCAGAAGAAAACGAAGCGGAAAACAGAACGCUCUGUUUUUGAUUUCUGAUUUGCAGACAGAAAUUAAGUUCCGAAUCUGAAGUGAUUUCUGAAAACAAAAUCAAAAACAAAAAUAAAAAUAACAGUUUCAGUCGUUUUUCCUGCUUUCUACAUUCACUGAAACGUCUCACUCUCUCUCUCGCUGUCCGUUAAAGCGGAUCAUCGAUAGUUCAGUCUUAUUGCAAGGAGGAUGAGUCAAAGGGAGAAGAUUAAGCUGAGAACAGGUGAGUUUUGGAGCAAAAGAUCUGUUAUGCCAGCAUGACAUCGAAAACUUCAGAGCAAGGCUUUGAAAAGCGCAUGACUGCUUCGAGACACAUCCUUGGAGAUUAAAAUCCUCCUCAGGUGUCUGUAAUAAUUUUCCUCUUCAAGGUGGUUGAACAUCCUUCAAGUACACUAUCAUUAUGAGCAAUCUUAAGCUGGGUGUAGAUGUGAUUAGUGCCCACAACCUUAUGCCAAAAGAUGGGCUGGGUUCUUCUAGUGCUUUUGUGGAGCUUUACUUCGAUGGCCAGAAGUUCCGUACCACUAUCAAAGAAAAAGAUCUCAACCCUGUUUGGAAUGAGCACUUUUACUUCAACAUAUCUGAUCCAUCGAACCUCCACAAUCUUACUUUGGAUGCGUGUAUCUACAACAAUAUUAAAGCCACCCACUCCAGAUCUUUCCUUGGGAAGGUUUCCAUCAGUGGGACUUCAUUUGUUCCGUACUCAGAUGCUGUUGUUUUGCACUACCCUUUGGAAAAGCGUGGCAUAUUCUCCCGUAUCCGAGGCGAGCUUGGUCUUAAAGUUUGCAUAACUGAUGAUCCAUCCAUAAAGUCCUCCACCCCACAUCCUGUAGCUGAAUCCUUGGAUCCGAGCUCUAUUAGACAGGACCAAACAGUAUCAAAUCUGGUCUCCGGUGUUUUAUCUAAUGCCAAAGCUGAGUCAAGACAGACCUUCCAUCAUCUCCCUAACCCAAGACACAUUCAACACCAGCAUCAUUCUUCAGCUACAGCAGUGCCCAACCAAGUAGCAAAAUAUGUAGUGGGUGAGAUGAAGCCUGAACCACCACCUUCAAGGCUUGUUCGCAUGUUCUCUGCAUCAUCAUCACAACCUGUUGAUUAUGCACUCAAAGAAACAAGCCCAUUUCUAGGAGGCGGACAAGUUGUCGGGGGUCGUGUUAUUCGUACGGACAAAACUGCAAGCACUUAUGACCUCGUUGAGCAGAUGCAAUUUCUCUUUGUAAGAGUUGUAAAGGCGCGAGAUCUUCCUGCCAUGGAUGUUACAGGGAGCCUUGAUCCAUAUGUAGAGGUGAAAAUUGGAAACUACAGAGGAGUUACGAAGCACAUGGAGAAAAAGCAAAAUCCAGAGUGGAAUGUGGUGUUUGCCUUCUCCAGGGAUCGGAUGCAAGCAUCUGUUCUAGAAGUUGUGGUUAAGGACAAGGAUCUGAUCAAAGAUGAUCUUGUAGGCAUUGUAAGGUUUGACUUGAAUGAGAUUCCCAUGAGGGUCCCACCUGAUAGUCCUCUGGCCCCCGAGUGGUACUGGCUUGAGGACAAGAAGGGGCAGAAGAAAAAAGGUGAGUUGAUGCUUGCAGUCUGGAUUGGCACUCAAGCAGAUGAGGCUUUCCCUGAUGCAUGGCAUUCUGAUGCAGCUACACCUAUUGACAGUUCAGCAGCUGCCUCUACACUGAUACGUUCCAAGGUUUACCAUGCACCACGGUUAUGGUAUGUGCGUGUUAAUGUUAUUGAGGCUCAGGACUUGGUCCCAACAGAGAAGAACCGUUUCCCAGAUGUAUAUGUGAGGGUACAGAUAGCGAAUCAAGUGUUGAAGACGAAGACAGUCCAAGCUCAGACACUGAACCCGCUCUGGAAUGAGGAUCUUUUAUUUGUUGCUGCUGAACCCUUUGAGGAUCCUCUUGUACUUUCUGUUGAGGAUCGUUUGGGUCCUGGAAAAGAUGAGAUCAUUGGGAGGGUCUUCAUACCACUAAGCUCUGUGGAGAAGCGAGCCGAUGAUCGAAUUGUUCACUCUCGUUGGUUCAACCUGGAAAAGCCAGUGGUUGUGGAUGUAGAUCAGCUGAAGAAAGGGAAGUUCUCUAGCAGGAUCCAGCUUCGAGUAUGUCUAGAUGGAGGUUACCAUGUUCUUGAUGAGUCAACUCACUAUAGCAGCGAUCUCCGCCCCACAGCAAAACAGCUUUGGAAGCCAUCAAUUGGAGUUUUAGAACUUGGCAUCUUAAAUUCUGUAGGACUCCACCCCAUGAAAACACGCGAUGGAAAAGGCACAUCAGAUACAUAUUGUGUAGCUAAGUAUGGGCACAAAUGGGUCAGAACACGCACUGUGGUUGACAAUCUGAGUCCAAAAUACAAUGAGCAAUAUACAUGGGAGGUUUUUGAUCCGGCUACAGUUCUCACUGUAGGUGUUUUUGACAACAGUCAGCUGGGGGAAAAAGGCUCUAAUGGCAACAAGGACAUGAAGAUUGGGAAGGUCCGGAUUCGUAUAUCUACGCUCGAAACAGGUCGUGUUUAUACACACUCUUACCCUUUGCUGGUUCUUCACCCCACUGGCGUUAAGAAGAUGGGUGAGUUGCAUUUGGCAGUACGAUUCUCAUGCUCAUCUUUUGUGAACAUGCUUCACAUAUACUCACGACCACUGCUGCCAAAGAUGCACUAUGUGAGGCCCUUUACUGUGAUGCAGCUAGACAUGCUACGCCACCAAGCUGUCAACAUAGUGGCAGAACGGCUGGGUCGAGCAGAGCCUCCACUCCGGAAGGAGGUGGUAGAAUACAUGUCAGAUGUGGACUCACACCUCUGGAGUAUGCGCAGGAGCAAGGCAAAUUUUUUUCGACUGAUGACAGUUUUCUCAGGACUAUUUGCCGCUGGGAAGUGGUUUGGGGAAAUCUGCUCGUGGAAGAACCCAAUCACAACAGUGCUUGUUCACGUGCUUUUUAUUAUGCUUGUGUGCUUCCCAGAACUGAUACUGCCCACAAUUUUCCUCUACAUGUUUCUAAUAGGGAUAUGGAACUUCAGGUUUAGGCCAAGGUACCCUCCCCACAUGAACACAAGAAUCUCGCAGGCUGAGGCAGUGCACCCCGAUGAGCUUGAUGAGGAGUUCGACACAUUUCCCACAACUCGAAGCCCGGAGCUUGUGAGAAUGAGGUAUGAUCGGCUGAGGAGUGUGGCUGGUAGGGUUCAGACUGUGGUGGGUGAUAUAGCAACUCAGGUUGAGCGUGUUUUGUCACUGUUAAGCUGGAGAGACCCCCGUGCCACAGCCAUCUUCGUGACAUUCUGCUCUGUGGCAGCCAUGGUUCUCUAUGUGACGCCAUUCCAGGUGGUGGCAGCUUUGGCUGGGAUCUACACAAUGAGGCACCCCAGAUUUCGCCAUCGGUUGCCAUCGGUACCCAUCAACUUCUUCCGCAGGCUGCCUGCGAGGACAGAUAGUCUAUUGUAACUAAAACGGAGAGUGGGUGAGGGUGUAUCUACUUGUACCCGAGCUCCUGAGGUUUCAGAAUGUCUAUUUUGUUCAUCAAUGUCCGCGUUCCCCUCCUUCCCUAUGUUUGUUAUGUGCCACAGAGUUCAGUACUGACACAUGAAAGAAUAAUUUGUAUCCUAGCCAUUUUAACUACUAAAUUUGGUCACGUAGUGUACUUAUUUU